GAUACGGAUUUUGCAAAAGCAAGAAGUCCAAAAUUUUGGCUCGAUAAGCACGUGAGCCAUUCUGAUUAAGGGCAGGUUGCUUCAGGACUUGCAACGCUCUGCAGACUGCAAUGUCUAAAUCAAUUUCUUCCAUCACUGCGGCAAUGGACAAUCAUUUUGACGUUAUCGUGCUUGGCACUGGUCUGACCGAGUCUAUAACUGCUGCUGCUCUCUCCAAGGCUGGCUUCAAAGUCGCACAUAUUGAUCCCAACCCAUAUUAUGGUGCCGACGAAGCAUCCCUCUCACUAGAUGAGCUCGCGCAGUGGGUUGAUCAUCACAAAGAGGACAAUUAUUCCGUCACCCAUUAUGGUGAACUUCCGCCUCAUGCGAGACAGUACUCAGUUUCAUUGGCUCCUUCGGUUAUUCCAUCAAUCGGCCCUUUCAUUUCGUCCCUCAUUGCGUCCGGCGUUUCUCGAUACGGAUCUUUCAAGCUCCUUGGUCGCGUUGUCAUUUAUGACGGCGGCAUAUUGAAAGAUGUUCCCCAGAGCAAGGACGAUAUCUUUCAGAGCAAGGCGAUGAGUCUCCUAGAGAAGAGGAGGGUCACGCGUUUCCUUAUGUUUGCUGGUGGUGAAUUCGAGAAUAGCAAGGAGCUGCACGGCCAAGAAAAUUCGCCCUUGCUCGAUUUCUUGCAGAAGAAAUUCCUGCUUAGUGAGGCAACCGCUCGCGCCAUCACUUAUGCCCUGGGAUAUUGUUAUUUUGUGUCAGAAACAACUCUUCCCGCUCUACAUCGUAUCCGCGAUUACCUGAAGGCAUCCGGUCGCUAUGGGUCGUCCUCAUUUCUCGUAGGCUACUACGGUGGCUCGGGUGAAAUCGCGCAAGGUUUUUGCCGCGCAGCUGCUGUGAGCGGAGGUGUUUAUAUUUUGGGACGAUCUGUUACGAGAGUCGUGUCUGUCGAUCCCGUCGAGCCAGAAUACUCCGUUUUGACAUCAGAUCUACCCCGGUUCGCUGUUGAAGUUGACGACUUUCCAGACCGCCUUCAUUGCCGAUGCCUGAUAUCGUCGGCCACUCUUCUACCAGGACACCUUCGCACCCUAGCGGAUAUAAUCCGUCCGAGUAUAUCAUCCUGCAGCUCCCCGCGGCCAUUUGCGACGGCACGGUGUAUCGCAAUCGUUGAUGGGCCAAUAAAUUUACUGUCAGACACUGAGAAUUCGGGAACGUCGGAAGCAUCGGAUUCUUCACUUCUUGUGUUUCCGCCGGGAUCGUUGGAAGAGGGAUCGGCUAUUUCCACUGUGCAUGUUAUGACAACUGGUCCAGGUACAAUGUCGGCCCCUUCUGGAAAAGGCAUCCUGUAUAUCUCAAUGCCUCUUCGCAGCAAUUCCAUUCAUUCGGCUGAGACCCUUUUACGUCCAUAUCUAGCAGCCGUUCUCUUGCUGUUUCGAACUGAGGAGCAGCAGAAAACAUUGAUUUGUUCUACAUUUUAUAUGCAGGAACUUGCCUCAUCGACAGCAAGUAACUCGGAUUCUUUGGCAGGGCUCCUGGCAGUGCCUUCAUUAAGCCCACAUACAACACAGGGUGUAGAUGAAGCUGCAAUAGUUGCUGAGGCUACCUUCAGAAAGGCAGCAGCUUCUCUUAAUGGAGAGAGGCAAGAGCACUUUAAUCAAGGAUGCAAGCAAGAUGGAUUUUGGCCUUCAUUAGCUGAGAUACAGGGGGGAGAAAGUAAUGACAUGCAGUGGUAAAACAAAUGUUGUUCACACUUGUCCUUUUGAGUAAUGGAAGAGUAAAGCAUGUGUUGUGAUUUCAACAAACAUCUUGUGCACAAGCAAAGAAGAGA